CUCUGAGCGUGAUUCAGUCUCCGACUCUCUUCAAAGUCCCAAAAUCCAUGUAGUGCAUUCAAGGGAAACCCACUUUUUGAUUCUUCUGUUUUCUACAGUUGUGAGAGCGGAAGCACAAAAUGCAUUCUGCCGGGUUCAGAGCCAAUGCGUUGCUAACCUUCGCUGUCACCAUCCUGGCGCUAAUGUGUGUCAUCGUCUCUUUCUCGGACAAUUUCAACUCUCCCACUCCCACAGCCCAAGUCCAGAAACCCGAGAUUGUUGAUCUGUUGAUUAUAUUCUUUAAAAUCCAGGUAUUGAACAUCAAUUGGUUCCAGAAAAAACCCGACGGCGAUGAUGAGAUCAGUUUGACACUGAAUGUAUCAGCAGAUUUGCAGUCACUGUUUACCUGGAAUACAAAACAGGUUUUUGUGUUUUUGGCAGCUGAAUAUGAAACCCCAAAGAAUGCCCUGAAUCAGGUUUCAUUGUGGGAUGGUAUUAUAACUGCUCAAGAGCAUGCAAAAUUUUGGAUCCACACCAAAAAUAAGUACAGAUUCAUUGAUCAGGGAAGCAAUCUCCGUGGUAAAAGUUUCAACCUUACAUUGCAUUGGCAUGUUAUGCCAAAGACGGGCAGAAUGCUCGCUGACAAGCUUGUUAUUCCUGGCUUCUUCUUGCCAGAGACAUACAGAUGAGUCUGGUGUUUUUCCUGUUGGUCAUUUUUAAUGUAAUUUUUAGCCCCAUCACUUGAUGGAAUGAGGACAGUUUCCAAGACACUAGGUUGGAAAGAAAGGUUAAAGGAUGUGCAACAGAACUUCAUUGGCUAUCAAUCCUAUCAUAUCAUGACAAUUUAAAUGCUGCAUUUUGGUCUUGUUUGGUUUAGAGAUUUCAGAGGAAGGGCCCAGAGUGGUUAAAUCGGUUCCACUAAUUUGUCUUUAUUGCAUUUUUUAGUGUACUAUCAGAAAAAAAGAAAAGAAAUACGGA